CCUCAAGUUCUCCCACCAUAUUUUAGAUUGAAUAUGGAUAGCUUGAUCAAGCAAACAAGGAGGAGGCAUCCAACUUCCCAGGGCAAAACUGUUGAGGUUGGUAGCUCCACUAGAGAGAAGAAAGUGCCAGCAAGGAGGUCUGUUUCAUUCAAAGAAGAUAAGAAGAAGCCUUCAAGCUGGUUACAAAAGCAGUUCAUGAGGCAAAUGAGCGACCAAGGCUAUGACCCGAUCAGCGAGAUGGACCACGCAGCUGCAGUUGCAGCCACUGCUUAUGCCAUAACCACUUUUGAAGAAACUUGGCUAGAGAGUUAUCAUACUGGUCUCGAACGUGGAGCUUCCUUGUCAAGGAGCAAGAGUAGAAGAGAGUCGCCUUUUGAAGAACCAAGAAGCUUAUCAAGAAGAUUCUCAGGACAACUUUCACUUAAGGAACCAGAGUUAAAUGGAGACCACACCAGACGAAGUAGGGAUUCAAGGGAGAAACGUGAGAGACAAAGAAAACCGCGGGUUUCUGAACCGCCAGCUCCAGUGCGGAAACAACCAUCAGCCAGGACACGAUCAGAACGUCAUGCUCCACCACCACCACCCCCUCCUCCUCCUCUACCGCCUCCGCCUCUGCGGCUUCCACCUAUGGGAGUCAAAACGCAGAGCUCAGGCCAUACUAGUCGAAAAGAUGACGCUACAGCAGAUGGUUGGGAAAAAGCUGAACUAGGUAAGAUCAAAGAAAGGUACGAGAAGUUAAACAGAAAGAUUGAUUUGUGGGAAGCCAAGAAGAGGGACAAAGCUAGAAAGAAGCUGGACAAAUCUGAGAGCGAACAAGAACAGAGGAGGAAGAGAGGUUUGCAGAGAUUUAGAGAUGACAUGGAAUACAUCGAACAGAUUGCAGCCGGGGCGAGAGCUCAGGCAGAGAAAGAAAGACAGACCGGAGAGCUCAAGGUGAAGGAGAAAGCAGGAAUCGUCCGUAGUACCGGUAAAAUUCCUGGAAAAGCAUGUUUCUGUUUCUAAGACCAAAACAGAGGAUCUCAGAUAUUUGUAGCUAUUGUGAGUGUAUGUUUGAAAGAGAAAUUUAUUCCAAAUUGAUGACUCUGUAACUUAAUAUUUUACUAUCAUAGUUCUGAAUAUAAAUUUAUAGAAGUUUUACUGUACAAU